AUGCAGGGGCCCUCAUCACUGGCGGGACCAUCUAAGCGCCCGCACCCUCCGCCUGAAAAUGACCAGUCUACGUGCCCGCGCUUCCCGCCGGGACACAGGCUAAACCGGCACUUCACCAGUGCAUACCAACUUGGGCAGGAACUCGGUAUCGGCGGGUACGGGUUUGUGACCUCGGCACGAUGUCUUCGCACGGGCGAAGAGGUCGCGGUCAAGUUCAUACUAAAGAGCCGCGUGCCCCCCGCGGCUUGGACGCAGCACGAGCAGAUGGGGAUGGUGCCCAUCGAGGUGAUGCUGCUCUGUCGACUCGACCACCCAAACAUCGUCAAGUGCAAAGACGUUUACGAGGAUGCGCUGUAUUACUACUUGGUACAAGAACUGCACGGCUUGCCAUGGCAGCGCGCCGUAGCCUUGGAGCAGGCGCACAAUGCGAUGCCCCCAAUGGACAGCCCCGUUGACCCAAAUAGCGCCGCCCGCCACCGCCGCGGCUCCUACGACCUCUUCGAGUUCAUCGAGUCCCGCCAGCACAAGCACCUCUCCGAGUCUCGCGCCCGCGACGUCUUCGCCCAGAUCGCCGACGCCGUCGCGUACCUCGACCGCCGCGGCAUCGCGCACCGCGACAUCAAGGAUGAGAACAUCCUCAUCGACAGCGCGCACCGCGUCAAGCUCGUCGACUUUGGCAGCGCGAGCGUCUGCGACCCGGCGGGGCCGCGGCCGUACUACACCGACUUCCGUGGGACGUCGACGUAUGCGGCGGCGGAGGUGCUGCGCGGCGAGCCGUAUCAGGCGGCGCCGGUGGAGGUGUGGGCAUUGGGUGUGCUGCUCGCGUUCUUGCUUACGGGCAGCUCGCCGUUCGCGACGGCGGGGGAUGCUGCGCAGGGAAUAGUGGGUUUGGUGGAGGUGCCGGGCCAGCAUCUAUCUGAUGGGGCGAUGGACGUGCUCGCGCGCUGUUUGGAGGUCAACCCAAAAACCCGCAUCACCAUACACGACUUGAAGCGCCAUCCUUGGGUGGUGGGUCGUUCGCGUUGAACCAUUCUCACCGUCUACCGUAUACUUCGAUCUUCGUCUUCCUCUGGGAACUUUGGUUCUUUGUCAUUCGUCACUGCCACACAUUCGUAUCCACCUGUGUAUCAUAUAGCCGCUUUCGCAUCUUCCGUACACUUUCUAUUCUCGUCGUAUACCCAGCACGCAAUACUAGCCGGACUGUAUCUGUUGACGUGCGAGUCUUUUCCUUCCGAAUCCGAAC